UGUCCGCCAUAGAAGCAGCGAAAAAUGCAGGUUACCUCUCUGAUUCCAUUUUGCAAAUUACCUUACCCGAACCCGGAAAUCCGACCUAAGACCAUUAUCACUUCGUCUUCAACAUCGACCCACCAAACCCUAAACCCCCGGUUUAAAAUCAACUCCUCGAAUCCCGCCAGUGAUGACUUGAUAGACUCCAUUGCAUCUAUGCCGUCCAUGUCUGAGAUACUAGCCUCGUCAAGGGCACAGAAGCUUGACCUCAAGCUCCAAACACUGGGACCUUUUUUCAGAAUCACAGCCAAAAGCCUGGAGACCGAGGGUGAGCUCGGGCGGGCCGAGGGGGUUAUCAGGGUUUGGUUCGGAGGUAAAAUUCUACACUUGGAUUCUAUCAGAUUGAGGAGAGAGACACUUGGGAUGGAGAAAUCUAUAUUCGGUAUUGGUUUGUUUAUUGGAGCUGUUGCUAUUCGGUACGGGUAUGACUGUGGAUGCGGAAGGGCUGAGUUGCUUGCCGUUAAUGAUUCUGAUCUUUACCACACCAAGCUUGUUAGGUUUUACAAGAGAAUCGGGUUCACACCUGUGCAUGAAGUGACCGGUUCAUCAAUUGGAGACAUGGCUCACAUGUUGGUAUGGGGAGGAAUAGGGACACGAAUGGAUGCCAGUGUUGAAGAACUUCUCAAGAGAUGGUGCAGUAGGUUCAAAUCUCAGAAGUAAUUGUUCUGCAAUCUACAGAAAGAGAAGUUUGUGCUGGACACUCGAUCAAGGUAGAUUGAUACUGUGGACUGAAAAGAAUUGCUUUCUGGGUGAAAAAGCCAAGACAAAGAACUGAGAAAUUAUCUGAGAAGCAGGUGCUUAGUACUCAAGGCCAAGACUCUGACAAGCAGAAGCAGGUACUUGCUACCCGAGAUAGAGAAUUCUCUCAUGAGCAGAAUGUUACAACUCUAGGUCGAGGAUUCUUUGACGUUCAGGUGCUUCUUUAAAACUGUGCUGUUUAACUGAGUAGGCAUUUUAUUAAUUGGAGACAUAAUAACUAGAAACUAAGGAUAAAAAUUCAAAGCCAUGACAAUUCCUGGUAUUUGUUGUAGGAAAUUCUUGUUUCUGAAUUAGCAUCAGAUCCGGAUAGGUAACUGCAGAUCAUUGAAGCAAUUAAGAGCCUCAGCCAUUGAAGUGUGUUAUAACUUGUAAUCCCACUUUGCUAAUAGAUACAUAUUUUUAGACUUA